AUGGUGGUGAAGGUGGUAACUUUAUUUGUUUCGUGUUUGUUCAACAGAAAACGUCCUGAUGUAAAAACAACAACUGAUUGGUUUGCACCAAUCAUAUGGGAAGGAACUUAUGAUAGACAAGUCCUGGAAAAGUAUUAUAAAAGGCGGAACAUUACUGUAGGCUUGGCUGUGUUUGCUACUGGAAAGUUUGUGGAUCAGUACCUGCAACAGUUCAUCCAGUCUGCUAAUAAAUACUUCAUGAGUGGCUACAAUGUUAUCUUUUACAUCUUGAUGGAUGACUUCUCCAAACUACCUCCUAUAGAGCUAGGUCCCCUUCGAACAUUUAAACUAUGUAUUGUACUUAGACAACAUGUGUGGAAAGACCUGAAUUACAUAUACAUGAGGAACUUGAAUAAGUACAUCCUAGAACACAUCCAACAUGAAGUUGACUUUCUCUUCAGUAUGACUGUAAACCAGAUCUUCAAGAAGGACUUUGGGGUAGAAGCCCUGGGCAAGUCUGUAGCUCAACUCCAUGCAUGGUGGUAUUUUGGACAUGACAAAAAUUUCCCUUAUGAGAGAAGCCCUAACUCAGCAGCUUUCAUCCCUUUUGAAAAGGGAGAUUUCUAUUACCAUAGUGCAAUUUUUGGUGGCACGCCCUCUGAGGUUUUAGCCUUCAUCGAAGAAUAUAAAAAAGGAGUUCAAAAUGAUGCUAAAAGUGGAUUUAAGAGCACAUAUGAACGUUACCUAAACAAAUACUUGUUUAUCAAUAAACCCACUAAGUUGUUAUCACCAGAAUACAAUUGGGAUCCAAAUUUUAGAUCUCCCCCCCAAAUUAAACAUGUGAAGAUAGAAUGGCAGUCAAAAAGUAUUUGAUGGUUAUAGCCUUAAAUUUAUGAGUUAAUAAGUGAAUCAUCAAAAUUCCUCAAAUAUAAAACUUACUAAAAGUUUCAGUAUUUUAGAAACUUACAAAAAUGUGCAAUCUUUUGAAAUUGUUUUUCUCCUGUCGAUUUUGAA